AUUGUCAAGUGUUUUUUAACAUUUCAAAUAGGGGCUUUUGCAAACAUCUACGUGAUAAUUGCAGUAUAAGAUAGCAAAAACACGGCAUAAUGCGUAGAAUACUAUUUUAAUACACAUACAACUGCAUGAGACUGGAUUUUUAAAGUGUCCGUGUACAGCGAGGUACCUUUGAAAGAGGAAAAUUGUGUAUAUUAGUUCGUAACAUGGGAAAUUCAUCUUCGAGUGACAGUGACAGUGACUAUUCACCUGCGUAUGUACCGCCUCCUAGUCCUUUAACAAGUAACCCAUGGAGAACAACACCGGAAUGGAAUAAAGAAUUUGAAUCGUCACUACGUAAAGACAUAAAAGCAAUAGAACCGCCAUUUAAACCUAACAUCGUUCUAGUGGGGCCUGUUGGAGCAGGAAAGUCUUCAUAUAUUAAUGCAACUCUGUCUGUUGCUAAAGGACAUAAGGUUGAUAUGGCUUACACUGAAAGUGGGAGCAAAAGUUGUACAACUAGUUAUGACCGAUAUACAGAUAAAACCUUACUCCAAAACUUUCGUCUAAUAGACUGCAUGGGGUUAGAACAAAGUACUGAAGAAGGAUUUAAUGUUGCUGACAUGGUUUCUCUUCUUAAAGGGCAUAUUAAGAAUGGUUAUCAGUUCAACCCAAGGAGUCCAAUUUCAUCGGAAAACAAGGACCACUGGCAUGUUAAUCCAACGUUCGAGGACCAUAUCCAUUGUGUAGUUUUUGUAGUUGAUGCAAAUGUCAUGCACAUUGGCAUUCCCCCAGCCUAUGUCGGGAAAAUAAGACAAAUACAAGAUGCAGUGAAGCGAUUACGUGUACCACGUGUUUUGAUCUUGACAAAAGCUGACGAACUUUGCUAUACGGUUAGGGAUGACAAUACCAACAUGUUCCGAAGCGUUAAGGUUAAAGAAGCUGUUAAAACGGCAAGCGAAGUAUUUAGAAUUCCCGAAGCCUCCAUUCAUCCAGUUACGAAUUAUGAAGAUGCAGAUGCUAUUGAAAUCAGUUGGAAAAGGAACAUACCACUUCUCAUUGCAUUGAGGCAAAUAACACAGUAUACAAAUGACAGGAUUGAAGCUCUCAACGAUAGUGACUAAACAGAAGUCGUGACAGGAGUAACUUGUAAAUCUGUUUGAAACUCUCCAUUUUUAAACUUCAUAUUGUAGUGGAUUACUUUACAGAUUUAUUUUUUACUAUGAUACUUAAUUAAAUGUUGAAAAUAAUACAUAGUCAUUUUUACUAUCAAUGGUCGUUUAAUAAGUGUUCUACCUUAUUUUGUUUGGGUCAACUACAUUGUUUACAAAGUAAAUCAUGCAGUCUUGCUUUAACUCAGUAUCUAUUUUUUGUAAUUCCACUCAAUGUCUGUUUAUUUUAUGCAUAAAAUUGUCAUGCAUUUUGGUAUGAAAAAGGUAUAAAGGGUGUAAAUUGAACGAAAAUCCUAAUUUGAGUCUCU